UUACCGGAAGUUACGCUGAUGCUAUUUUAAGAAUAGGUUAUAUUUCCCUAGUAUUUUGGCCAGUCUAAGUUAUUGUUAUUGAAUACGGAAUAGAAGCUAAAAGAAGGGUCAAGAUGAGCGGAGAAGGUGAUGCUGUAGAUGCCCGACCUGUAAUGCCUAGUAAUGAUAACACAGAUGCUAGAGGUUAUAGCAGCAGGCCAAGUGGCGGAACAACAGCUCCAGUACAUAAUGAGGAGCCAAUGCAGUUGGAAGAAAACUUUUAUACUGAAGAAUAUAAUAUGAAUCAUCCAAAGCGUGGAAAAGCUAUUAUAAUUAAUAAUAAAAAUUUUAAACCUCGUACACAAAUGAGUGUACGGACAGGAACAGAUAAAGAUAAAAAUGACUUGCAUUUGCGUUUUAAUGAACUUGGGUUUCAUGUCGUACCUUAUUCAGAUUUACCUAGGGCUGAAAUGGAAAGAGUUUUAAGAGAAGCUGCCUCAGAAAACCAUGGAGAUUCAGAUUGUUUUAUGUGUGCUAUAUUAUCACAUGGUGAAGAAGGAACGAUAUAUGGUACAGACGGCCCAAUAGAAAUUAAAACAUUGUUAGCUCCAUUUAAAGGGGAUAAAUGUAGAAGUUUGGCUGGUAAACCUAAAAUAUUCUUUAUUCAGGCUUGUCGAGGUACUCAGUUGGAUCAGGGUGUAGAAAGAACAGAUGCCUUACCUGAAGUUAGAGAAAUAAAAAUACAGAGAAUUCCUACAGAAGCUGACUUUUUAAUUGCCUAUUCUGUUGUACCAGGAUAUUUUUCAUGGAGAAAUUCUGCUAAUGGUUCUUGGUUUGUACAAGCAAUAAGUGAAGUCUUUAAAAAAUAUGGUACAGAGCUUGAUCUUAUGACUAUGAUGACAAGAGUUAAUAAAAAGGUAGCUUUCGAUUUUGAGUCGAAUGCCAGUCAAGAGUUUAUGAAUAGAAAGAAACAAAUACCUUGCAUUACAUCUAUGUUAACAAAAGAUGUUUAUUUUAGAGCUAAACCCCUUUAAUCUUUAUAUUUUAUUGUUGCCUGUUCAUCAAAAUUGUCAUUUUCACAACCAAAAAAAGUGGAGUUUAUUUUGAAUAACACGAUAUUCAAAAUAGUUAUACUUAUAGACUAACCCAAUUAAUUAAAAUCCAAUAACUGAACUACUUUUCUUAAGAAUUUAUUAAAAUAUUUUAAAAAGCACUAAAACAAAUUGUAAUAAAACCAGUUUUUCAUCAAGAGGUUUCAGGAUUGAUUCAAAUUUAUGCAGGAUCAUAUCAAACCAUAGCAAAAGAUCUCAUAACUUUUUACCAGCUGGCACAUAUCUGAAAAGUGCUAGUCCUUCAUUAAAGAUAAUGAAAUGAGUUGGUGUUUAAUGUCAAAAAGAUAUAUAUAUAUAUAUCUAUAUGAUAAACUAUAUAUCUGUAAUAGAUAUCACAAUAUAUGUAAGGAGUAAUUUUAAUGGCAUCAUUCAAUCCUAUCAUGUCUAUGAUAUUAGUUACUGCUUUUUACUGAGCGACGUUUCGACUAGGCUUCU